CCUACUCUGAAGAGUAUUAAUGCCAGAUGUGGAAGGUAACCCAGACUCUGGGUUCAGUGGUGUUUAAAUUGUUAGUUUAUACUGAAAUUUAUAUCCAGCUAUGAGUAGUAGUGUAAUGGAGUCCCAGCUGUGUCAAAACUUUCAUCGUGAAUGCAUGGCUGCUAUCAAUCGGAUGGUGAACUUGGAACUGUAUGCUAGCUAUGUAUAUCUCUCUAUGUCCUAUUACUUUGACCGUGAUGAUGUGGCCCUGAGGCACAUGGCCCAGUUCCAGAGGAAGCAGUCCCGCAAGGAAAGGGAACAUGCAGAGAAGUUCCUGAAAUACCAGAACAGACGAGGAGGACGUAUUAUCCUGCAGGACAUAAAGAAGCCAGAGCGGGAUGAGUGGGGGAACGGCCAGGAGGCCCUGGAAUGUGCCUUGCAGCUGGAGAAGACUCUGAACCAGGCCCUGCUGGACCUGCACAAGCUGGCUACAGAGCAGAAUGACCCCCAUCUAUGUGACUUUCUGAAGUCCGACUACCUGGAGGAGCAGGUGAGGGCUAUCAAGCAGCUGGGAGACCACCUCACCAACCUGAAGCGCCUGGAAGUGCCCCAGAAUGGCAUGGGAGAGUACCUGUUUGACAAGCUCACCCUGCGGGAGAGCAGCUGAAUUUCACUCUGAGAUACUGCCUAGCUUGGUGAUGCCUCUGUGCACAGAGAAGAUGAAUUGACUGAAUGCUAAAUACUGUGAAUAAAACAUGGCUUUCAGUUGUAACUUGA